AUGCAUCUCCAUCAGCUACGACCGCGUCUUGGCCAGCUGCGCAAAGUAGGCUCAUACACGAGACAUCUGAAGCCAUCUAUACCCUCGCUACCUAUUGCACUCAAGUACUCCUCCAUGGCAGGUGCACUCCCGCCACAGCAAUUCAAACUCGAUCGCAAAAUCUGGAAUCCCUCACUCUACACCUCAGUCCAUGACUUCUGGUUCCAAGGUCUAGAGCAAGACGCCAAAGUCCAAAAUGCCACCACGAGGAGAAGAUGGUGGGGCCUCGGCCGAACAGAAGAAGAAUUCAAAGAAAUCGAUCGUCAAGUCCACCAACUCUUCGGUCCAGCAGUCCAUUCCAUAGGACCAUCAAAACUCCAAUUACCAGAAUUCCAAGGCUACAAACACGAAUUAGACCACGCGCAAGAAAUCGCUGCGCCUUUUCUACCAGAAAUCGGACAGGGCAAAGAAGGAGCAGAUACCUUGCUAGCAAUGAUCCUCUUACUAGAUCAAAUGCCCCGCCACAUGUUCCGCACCCCACCAGAUUUGGCAUUAGUCUAUAGACAUUACGACAGAUUAGCAUGGAGUCUUUUCCGCUCAUUCAAGAAAUCUUCUACUACGGAAAUAUCCCCAGAAAACCCUCUUGGAAGUCCUUGGUAUCACGCUCGUCUUGUUCGGAAACAUUGGUUCAAAAUGCCAUUGAUACAUUCGGAAGAUAUGGCUUCGCAAGAUGAAUCUUUGGCGGAAGUUGUGGCUUGGCAGAAUGAGGCGAAGGAAAAGGGAGACGAAGAAGUUGUGGAGGAUCUACAAUAUGGUGUGGAUGCUUCGAAGAGUCAUCGGGAUAUUGUGGAGAGGUUUGGGAGGUUCCCGCAUAGGAAUUUGUGUUUGGAGAGGGAGAAUACGGGGGAAGAGGAGGAGUGGUUGAAGACGGGGGAGACGUUUGGGGUGAAGCAGGGUGGGAAGUGA